AUGUCAAGACGAAAGCAAUUGCAUCCAAGACCAAUCAAAGGUAAUGGUUUGGAUGCAAAAGAAAAUGACGAAAGUAUCAAUGGCGAUGAUCAAAUCGGAAAUGAUAACAGCGAAAUUAGUUUGGGUGAAAAUAAGGAAAAAGUAGUAGAAAUUGAACAGGAAGAAAUACAUAAUUUAUCUGACAACAUUAUCACAAGUGAAGAUUCAUCAUUAAAAAGAUAUACGUUACCGGAAGAGUUAAAAUAUGAUCAAGUAGCGAAUACAGACAUUGAGAAAAAUCAUCUAUUUGGUCCAUUUCAAUGUUCAGAAGUAAAAAACGAACAAAAUGCACUAUUAAAUGGUAUAACUGUAACGAUUCAUGACAAAACAGGCGAUGGUCAUAUUUUCGAAUUGUCCGAACCAACUAAUGGAUGGCUAUCUCAUUGUUGUACAAAAAAUCUCGAUAGUUCAAAUCUCGAUAUUUUUUAUGAAAAUAAAAAUUUGUUUGGAAAAGUGAUAAAUGUAAUUAAAACUGGAACAGUCAUAAGCGCAAUUUUUAACGACCAAUAUUCAUUAGGCAAUGACACUAAUAAAACUGAAGCAAUUUCAAUAUGUGAAGAACCAACGGUUGUUUCGGAUUUUAAACAAGAAUCGGUUGAAUGUGAAUUACAGAAGCCAAAAAUUACAACUGAUGUACCAAAACAGCAACAACAACAGCAUGAGUUAAUGAUAGAUAAAACAUCAGGAAAGAAACUCUAUCCAUUGGUCUUUGCCUGUGAAGAUUGCGGUAUUCGAUAUUCAAAUCGUGGAACAUUAGAGGCACAUCGAUUACACUAUUGUACAAGACGAAUAACACUGAAUAAUGAAGUAACUGACACAAACUUUCAAAAAUCGGGUUCUGAUUGUGAACUAAAAGAUAAGGUCAAUCGAUUAAGUUUGAAACGUAAAAGUCCCGAUACGAUAACUGCUUAUACAUAUAAACGGAAUCGUACAGGUGAAUCAAACGUUGUUACUAAAUCAAAAUCAAUCGAUGGUAUUAAUGAUAUAGAAUCGAAUAAUUGUAAAACAUACUGUCACGAAUGUGAUAUAUUAUUUUUGAAACCGGAUAAUCUAGUUCAACAUAAACUGCAUUAUUGUCAAACCAACACAACUAGAAAAAAUCAUCAUCAUCAAAUCAAAUCAGCUCAUCGACAAUCACCACCAUUGACAAUACAUGAUUCUAAAUCCAUCAUGAAUGAUAUAUUAUCAACAAUUCCUCUUAGACCCCCCAUUCCUUCAAACAUUCCAUUUGAUCGACCAAUACAAGUAGGUAAUUUGAUCUACAUUCCAGUACCAGUUGACAGUAAAUUAUUACAUCAUUCGACAUCAUCAACACCUUCAUCGCCAUCACAUGAUUCAACAAACGAUAAACCACUUGAUUUAAGUUAUCCGAAACAAAUAAAAACACAUUCAGUAUCGAAUACAUUAACUGACAUUGAAAAUCUAAAUGAAACACAGUUAAGACGUUUACAGUCACCAACAAGUUCAUCAUCAUCAACUUCCUCUUUGUCACCAUCGAAUCCAUUAGAUUUAUCUUGUAAAACACCGAAAACUCUCAUUCGAAUACUUAAUUCGCAAUCAACGAAUAAUCAACUACUAUCACCAACAACUGUAUUACAAAAAUUUGAAUGUGAAUUUUGUACAAUAAGAUUUAGUUCAUUAAAAAAUCUUCGUGCACACCAAGAAAAUUAUUGUGCUGAAUUAAAAAAAGCUAUGGCAUCAUCUGAUUCAACUUCAAAUUUAUUUCCAACUGAACAAUCAUCAAACCAACGUAAUUUAUCAUCAACAAUGACAAGUUUCACAUGUUUAAAUUGUUCAAAAAUAUUUCUAAAUGCUCUAGAAUUAUCUUCUCACGAAUGUUUAAAACGUAUCGAUGAACCAAUGCCGAAAAUGAAAGAGAAUGAAGAAACGAUUACUAAUUAUCAACGUUUAUCGCCGUUUAUAUGUCGUUUAUGUCGUUAUCGUGGUAAUACAAUUCGUGGUAUGAGAAUGCAUUUUAAAUAUCAUUUGGCUAAUGGUCAACAAUGUUCAGAUGAUGAUAUUCUAACUUAUGGUAGUAGUAAUAGUGGUAACCAUCAACAAAAUUCGAAUUUUAUUCGAGAAACAACAAAAUUAAGAACUACUGAUUUACUUAGGUGUUUAAUAUGUUCAGCAAUGUUUGAAACAGAUGAAAUAUUAAUGAUACAUUUAAAAACUCACAUGAAUGAAAUUGAAAUGGAGUGUAUGGAAUGUUUAUCACGUUUUUCAUCAAGAUGGAAUUUACUUAGACAUAUGAGAAUACAACAUACAAAUAUAAAAUCAGGGUCACAUGAAAACGGUACGGAUGAUGAUGAUUCAAAUGACUCCUAUUUGUCGAUUGAUGUGGGAAUGCAAAUCGAUGACAAUAAUAACGAAUUCAAUAAUAUGGAACAACAAAUAUCGAGUACAACCGAGCAUUUCAAUGAUCUACAUCAAUCUUCGAUACGCGGAGAGUAUGUCGUUCAAAAGUCUACAUUAAAGUCACCUCAAUUAAACAAGAAAACUGAUGAUGUUAAACAAAAGUCUACGCUAAUAUCUUCAAUUGAAACAUCCAAAAAUAUAUCUGAUUCCAAUUUAUUAUCAAAUACUAAUAGUGUCCGAAGUAUUGUUUCCGAAUCGUCUAAACCGAUAUUUGAAUCUGUUUUAAUAAAAAAAAUGAAACAUGAAUCCAUUGAUCCAACUUAUCAUCAUUCACGAAAAUAUGCUUGUCAAUAUUGUAAUAUCGAAUUUUCUGAUCAUGAAACAUUGAAAAGACAUCAAUCAGAUUAUUGUCUAGCACGACGAAACUCUUCAAAAACUGAACAAUCCAAGAAAUUAACACAUAAUGAACAUAUAUUAACAAAACGACCAGUACCUCUACCACCAAGGGAACAAAACAUAAUGAAACAUACGCCAUCGUCUACCAUUUCACAAAAUAUAUCAUCAAAAAUGGAUAAUUCGAAUACGUUUUGUAAGAUCUGUAAUAUUCCGUUUCGUUUAAAAACUUCGUACGAGGCACAUAAAAUGUAUUACUGUAAAGGAAAUAUGACACCAUCGACAAAAUUGCAAUUAGCUACAAGUCACAAUUAA